UAGCCGGUCGCUUCGGCUUUCCUACUGUGCGCGCUUCUCUCUCUCCCUCCCCUCCCUUUCACUCCCUUUUCCUCUCCUCCCUCCGUACAACCUCCCGGUUUCCUCAAACGCGAUGACAGUCAAGGCGAACGCGUGAGCGGAUCCCACAGGUGUGUUCCUGACAACUGAAGCCACGGAUCCUCACACACACACACACACACACCUGGAAAUUACCAUGUGACUCGGCACCUGGGCGUGGAGAAAGUCCCUGAUAUUCUACCAAGAGAGCCUUUUGUUGAGGAGUUGCUCGGGUCGCCUUUCAACGGGAGUCGUUCAAACAAGGUUUGACAGUAUCGGGACUUUUCGCGUUUGUGCAACUCUCAGCUGCUUCUCCUCCAAGAGCCCGGGCCCUUAAUGAAGCUGGGGGUCAGCAGCAGUGUGCGGCUAAUUGGCCAAGUUUGCCCGGGGCUCCGGCUGCCUGUGAUUGAAGUGUCCAGUGAGGGCCCUCUGUGCAGCCACCACUGCACCCUGCUCCGUUCCACUCCAACAGCCAAGACGCUCGCUGCACCCCUGUCUGCCUCUCCCUAAGAUGGCCAGCUGGGUCUCCCUCCUCCUCUUCCUCUUCUGCCAGUCAGCCUCACGAGCCCAGGAGGAGAGCAGCAACAUCCUGGAGUUCACCUCAGAGACCUCCAUCAACAAUGUGGUGCAAGACCCCGAGACCGGACGCAUCUACCUGGGGGCGGUCAACACCAUCUACCAGCUGGGGCCCUCGCUCCACAGGGAGGCUCGUGCAGAGACGGGCCCCAGAGAGGACGCGAGGACCUGCACGCCUCCUGCCUCGGCCUGCCAGGACACCAAGCUCAUGCCCAACCUCAACAAGCUCCUCCUGGUCCACCCGUCCAACGGGACACUGAUAGUGUGCGGCAGCCGCUACCGGGGCAUCUGCUCCCUCCUCAACCUCACCAACGUGGAGCAGCAGCUGUACUACAGUGACAGCAAAGGAGAGAGGACUUACGUUGCUAGCAUAGAGGACACGGUGAACGUGGUGGGCGUCAUGUCCACCUACUCCAAAGAGGAGCUCUCCUUCAGUGUGUUCCUUGUUGGGAAGGGCUACGGAAGCCUGGACAGUACAAAACUCAUCAGCACACGAAUCCUGCAGGAUUUCCGUGAAUGGGUCGUGUUUGAGAGCAUCAUCGAGGCUUCUACGGUACAAACGACGCCAUUUGUUCCCAAGUACUUGCACGACUUCCGCCUUGCCUUCAAAGCUGAUGGUUUUGUUUAUUUCCUCUUUUCGAGGACACUUGACGGUACGGAUAAUAAGAACUUGACCUUUGUGUCGCGUCUUUGCGAAAACGACCACCACUACUACUCCCACACGGAGCUUCAGUUAGACUGUGGCAAAGAUAACCGAUACAACAAAGUCCAAGCUGCGUACGUGGCAUCCCCGGGCAAACAGCUGGCGCGGGUCAUGACUGAAUCAAAUAUGUACGGGAAGGUCGUCUCCUGGAGCAAAGUUCUGUUCGUGGUGGCGAGUCCAGAUGACGACGACAACACCUCCGCUCUCUGCAUGUACCCUCUCCACCGCAUCAAUGAGCGCCUGGUGGACAUCAUCAGCGCCUGCUACAGCGACUCGGGGAAAAUCUCUGGGUAUCCUGCUGUAGACAUCCCCUACUCAUCGAAAACUGAUGAAUUCUGCACAUCAAAAUUGCCGAAAGACACGUUGGAACACAACAAAUGUGGUGCAGAUUUCCUGCCGUCCCCUCUGGCCAGCAAGCCGAGAUCCGCCUUAAAGCCAGAACCGGUGUGGACCAAGUCUGGCCUUCUGACCGCUGUGGCCGUCGCUGUGGAGAAUGAUCACACCAUCGCCUUCCUGGGGAACACCCAGGGGGAGGUCUUUAAGGUUCACCUGACUGAGGAGACAUACAUGUACAGUAAGACUCCUAGCAACACGAUUGGAGAGAAGGUCAACAAGAAUCUUUUCUUUGACCGCAGUCAAAGCCACCUCUACAUUACCACAGAGACAAAAAUCACCAAGGUGCCGGUGCAGACGUGCCUCCAAAAGACAGACUGCCAAUCAUGUGUGGAACUGAGGGACCCUUACUGUGGCUGGUGUGUCCUGGAGGGCAGGUGUACCAGGAGGUCUGAGUGCCGCCGGGCGGAGGAGAAGAAUGGCUGGCUCUGGAGCCCAAGGCAACAAUGUGUGAAGAUCGUCUCCUUCUAUCCCCCCAAUCUCUCCUGUAGAAAGACUCAGAAGGUGAAGAUCAGCAUCCCAUCUCUUCCUGCACUUGGGCUUUCUGACCGUCUGCGCUGCUCCUUCACGUCCUAUGACAGUGAAGGCACCAUGAUUGACUCUGGUCAGGUCUCCUGCGAUCUACCCAGCCCUGCGCUUAUUCCACAUACACCUGAGGACCAAGAUUUUGUGGCUGUCCCGGUCCGGAUUUUCGUCAAUGAGACAGUGGAGUUGGCUACACGAGAUUUCAAGUUCUACAACUGUGCCGCCAGAGUGAGGAAAUCUGAAAACACACCGUGCAUGUCAUGUGUGGCGAGUUCCUGGGGCUGCCAGUGGAACACUAAGGACCACACCUGCAGCGAUAUGGACGACACCGCGGUCACUACCAACAUCAUAAAGCACCGUCAAGGAGCAAAGUGUCCUCAGUUUGAGAACCCAGACCCUGUGCUGAUCCCAGUGGGCUACAGGACUCGAAUCAGCUUUGAGGGGAUCAAUUUGGACCUCUACCAGGGUCAUGUUUUCACGAUUGGCACUGAGCUGAUGAAAAAUGUGGAAGAGGAGGUCAAUUUUGAGGAAGGACCGUUCUACACCUUCAGCGGCUUCGAUUUUUCUUACGACAAGUCACCAGAGACCAAAGUUCUCUUCUACAUGAAGGACAAGGAGUCGGGGAAGAGGAUGGACAGCACGCUGAACGUCACCCUGUACAACUGCUCCAUGGGGCGAGAGGACUGUAGUCUGUGUAAGAACGCAGACCCAAAGUACCAGUGUGUGUGGUGCGCCAAGCAGAGGGCGUGUGUGUACGAGAAGCUGUGCAACCCCGAGGACCCUCUCAGCACCGAGUGCCCCGACCCCCAGAUAACUGACAUCAUCCCUCGUUACGGCCCCAUGCGGGGAGGAAUCUCCAUCACCAUCCGCGGCACCAACCUCGGCAUUCACAAGGAAGACAUUAAAAGCAUCAGUGUGGUCGGGCAGCCCUGCAUCCACCAGGAGGAGAAGUACUCUGUCUCCACCAGCGUGGUGUGUGAGAUCGGCCCUGUUGAUCCUACGAAAACCUGGGGCCAGGUCGAGGUGGAAGUGAAGGGGGGAAAGACAGGAACCUCCUCCAUGUACUUCACCUACAGGGACCCGAUUCCCGAAGGGGUGACACCCACCAGAGGUCUGAAAGCUGGGGGCACCCUCAUUACAAUAUCUGGUCACUCUCUGGAAACAGGCAGUAAGGAUGAUGUCCAGGUUACCAUCGGAGGGGUGGACUGCACUGUGGAGCACUUUGGAGAAGAAAUCACCUGCAGGACAGGAGAAUAUCGAACAGAUAAGGUGCCCUCCUUAUUUCUCUCCGUCACAGUGAAGUAUGGAAAGAGUACCACAACAUCCAUCCCAAGUGUCUUCCAAUUCUUGGAAAAUCCCCAAUUGAUGGACCAUCAACCCAAAACAAGCUUUGUCUGUGGAGGGAGGAACAUUGUGGUGACCGGCUCAGGCUUUGACCUUGUCCAGACUGCUGUUCUGAAGGUCCAAGGAGACAACUCGCAAGCCUUUGAGGUCGCCCACGAGAAGAACGACACGGUCAUCCAGUUUCGGUCUCCAACAGUAAACAGCUCCCUGAACCAGCCCUUUAAAACCAUCAUCAAGCUGGACAACAUGGAGAAGGAGCUGAAGCCCUUCGACUACUACCCGGACCCCAGCUUCAACGAACUGAAGAGGGUCAUCACUGAGGCCAGCAUCAUCAUCGUCACUGGUUGGGGAUUCUCCAAAGCUAUGACGGCCAAAGAGGCUCAAGCUUUUGUGGGAGACGUUCCCUGCGUGGUGAACACGCUUCAGGAUGACAAACUGUUCCUGGACCCGCCCUCCACCACGCCCAGCGCCCGCUCCAGACGGCACCGCAGAGACACCCGGCCCGAGCUGCUCGACCUAACAAUCAAGUUUGGGAAAGGGGAGUGGGUGGUAGGCUCGGUGGAGUAUGAGAAGAAGAAUGAUUUGAAACUGUACAUCAUCAUCCCCGCUGUCAUUGUGCCCAUGCUGCUCAUCAUCGCUAUCUCUGUCUACUGCUACAGGAGAAAGAGUCAACAGGCAGAGAGGGAGUACGAGAAGGUGAAACAUCAGCUGGAGAAUUUGGAGGAGAGCGUACGGGACCGAUGCAAGAAAGAAUUCACAGACUUGAUGAUUGAGAUGGAGGACCACACCAACGAUCAGAGUGAGGGACGAAUCCCCUUCCUGGACUACAAAACCUACACCGACCGCGUCUUCUUCCUGCCUUCGAAGGACGGAGCCAAUGAUGUGAUGAUCACAGGAAAGCUCAACAUCCCCGAGGACCGACGGGCCAUCGUGACUCAGGCGCUCAACCAGUUCUCCAACCUCCUGAACUCAAAAACGUUCCUCCUUAAUUUUAUCCGUACAUUGGAGCACAGUAAUGACUUCAACGCCAGGGCGAAGGUGUACUUUGCCUCUCUGCUGACGGUGGCCCUGCAUGGGAAACUGGAAUACUACACUGACAUUAUGAGGACGCUGCUGCUGGAGCUCAUGGAGGAAUACGUCCACAGCAAGAACCCUAAACUCAUGCUGCGCAGAUCAGAGACAGUGGUGGAAAGGAUGCUUUGCAACUGGAUGUCUAUCUGCCUCUACCAGUUUUUGAGGGACUCUGCAGGCGAGCCCUUGUACAAACUGUUCCGAGCCAUCAAGCACCAGAUCGAGAAAGGGCCUGUGGACGUAAGAGUGAAGAAAGCCAAGUACACCCUCAACGACACGGGCCUGUUGGGCGACGAUGUAGAGUACUCCGUCCUGACCCUGCAAGUGUUGGUGCACGGCGAGGGUCCCGAUGUGACGCCCGUCAAGGUGCUGACCUGUGACACCAUCUCGCAGGUGAAGGACAAGAUCAUAGAGCAGGUGUACAAGAACCUGCCGUACACCCUGCGGCCCAAGGUCGACAGUGUCACACUGGAGUGGCGUCCGGGUUCAACAGGGCAGAUUUUGUCAGAUCUGGACUUGACUUCCCAGAAGGAGGGCAGGUGGAAACGCAUCAACACUCUGGCCCACUACAACGUGCGGGAUAACGCCACAUUAGUGUUGUCCAAAGUGAUUUCCAUUCAGCAGAACUAUGACCAGAACCAGGAAAACCAUGAAGAGCGAAAUGCUCUGUUGGAAGAUGACAAGGUGUUCCACUUGGUGAGGCCGCUGGACGAAAUGGAUGAGAUCAAAUCUAAACGGGGAAGCAUAAAAGACAAGUCGAUGACCAAAGCCAUUACAGAGAUCUAUUUAACACGACUCCUUUCCGUCAAGGGAACACUGCAGCAGUUUGUGGAUGACUUCUUCCGCAGCGUGCUGUGCUCUGGGACAGUGGUGCCACCGGCGGUCAAAUAUUUCUUUGACUUCCUGGAUGAGCAGGCGCUGAAACACAACAACGUGGAUGAGGAGACCAUCCAUAUCUGGAAGACUAAUAGCCUUCCUCUGCGGUUCUGGGUGAACAUCCUCAAGAAUCCACACUUCACCUUCGACGUGCACGUGUCUGAAGUGGUGGACGCCUCGCUCUCCGUCAUCGCACAGACCUUCAUGGAUGCCUGCACCAAGAGCGAGCACAAACUCAGCCGGGACUCUCCAAGUAACAAACUACUCUAUGCAAAGGAGAUCUCUUCAUAUAAGAAGAUGGUGGAUGAUUACUACGGGGGCAUCAGGCAGAUGGUUCCCGUCAGUGAUCAGGACAUGAACACUCAUCUGGCAGAGGUGUCACGGGCUCACACAGACACACUGAACACCCAAGUGGCUCUCCAUCAGCUUUACCAGUAUGCCAGCAAAUACUAUGAUGGGAUCAUCGCAUCCCUAGAAGAGGACCCAGCUGCCCAGAGUAAACAGCUGACCCUGCGGUUCCAGCAGAUAGCAGCUGACCUGGAAAACAAAGUGACUGAUCUCUAACCCACCAAUGGAUGGAGGGAGGGAGGGAGGGAGGGAUGGGAAUGAUAGCAUAACUCCAGUGACUACAGGGGCUUUUUCUUACUUCAGAUUAUAUAACAUUGAAAUAAGGAAAGGUGAGAAGGGACUCAUGUAGUCGUGUAUAUUGUACAACUUGGCCCUGGGACGAUUUUCCGUGAUGUGGAGUAACAGGGACUAAUGAAAUGCAGAUUGAGAGCAAAAAAAGGGGAAGAAAAUGAUGGGUUACACUGUCAUAGGUACGCCUUAAAGCUCACUUGCCAAACCUUAAAGGUCUGCGCGCUCACUCAUGCUUCACUGAAUAUUGCUCCCACAAUGCAGUGCGGUAGACCUCUCUCUGAUAAUUAAGCCCCUACGUGGAGCACUGGCACAGGCGAUAAUCAGAUGUUCAAUUUCUUUCUGUGUAGAAAAAGGUUUUAAGAAUUGUAUUAUAUAUUUUUUUUAUUGUGCAGUCUUUAUGCGGAAAGCUUUAUAAGGAAAAAACAUUAUCUUUUUAAAUGGAUCACCUUGUGGUGCGGAUAGUGUUUUUAUUAGCCUGUGUGUGCUUAGAUGUCUGUGUGAAGUACAAAUUUGAGUGUGCGUGAAUGUGUGGGAAUGUGUGUGCACACACAGGAUGCCUACUGUCAGGCGUGAGGGCGAAGAGACGCCUGCUUUCUGUCAUUUUAAUCCCCCGUACCCAGUGACACACUGGAGCCUACGCUCUCUCUGAGCUUUUUGACAGAGACCAAAGGGUCCUAACAAGGGCACUGGUUUAUCUAGCAAUGCACAGGCUCAUAUGAUUGAUAGGCCUCCAGUAGUUUAUGAAAUAUUUGAGUUAAAUCAUUUUGCUUUUGACUCAGAUCUGUUUCAAGCUGGAUCGCCAAUUGUGCUUAUGGAAAUCGAUUAUAGCACAGUCUGUCUCCCUUUAUUGUACAGUGCCAUGAUACAUUCCACUUCAACUAAAGCACAGAAGGACAUUUCAGAAGGGUUUUUAAAACAUUUCAGUUAAUCACUCUUUACAGAUAUUAUUCUUUUUGUUAUUAAACUUUCUUUUUUCAAGUGUCAUCAAAAAGCAAUUUCUUUCAGCCAUUUCACUCAUAUUAGCACUGCAAUAAUGUCAGAAUAACAUGAGCCACAAUCAACAGUCGCAUUAACUAAUUUCAUAUAUUCACACAGUAGCAAUUCAGCAAUAUUUUAGAGAGAUUUCCAAAUUGAUUCAUGCAUUUUUUUAGUGCUCAUGAUUUUUAGUGCCAUUCUUUAAAAGUAUUACUCUUGUUAUCUUCCAAAUAGUCAUCAAGCAUUCUGCCUCUAAAGCUAUGAAAUCGCCUGUUGCUGAUGUUAAUUACCUGCUAGAGAAGCAGUUGGUACUUAAAUGGUAUGUUUUGAACAAAUUACAGUUAUUUUAGCCUUUGUGUGAUGAUCGGGAGGUCAGAUUCAAUCAUGUACAUAAUUGUUUUAGUAAUUGAGAUGUUGAUAUGUCAGUGUCAGAGCCGAGGUGUGGACAGGGUAGGAAUGAGGGUUUGGGAUUUCUUGGGCCAUUAAACGCUGCCACGCGUCAUCCCUAAACUGUAGGUUUUGUUGUUGACAGAUGAUUUAAUUGUCCUCCCCGUAUCUGAUGGUGGAUGCGUGCAGUUGACAGAGCAUAACGAGCUCCAGAGACCCCAGAAUGUUAACGAUUCCUGCCUUGGCUAGAGAGAGGUUUGCACAGACCUCGAGCCUGCCGCCUGCCUGCUGUCUCAGCGUGGCGUCCCGGCAUCCCGACCAACAGCACUUGGCACUGCCCACUCAGCGCAGUGCAGAGUGGCUCUCACUAUAAUGGAAUCAGCAGGGUAGGCUUUUGAUCUUAAUUGCGUGCCGACUGCAGACUCCAUCCUUCUCGCUGUUGUUUACUGUGGACUCCUCCCUCACUGACAGAGUUGAUGCAAGACGCUUCUUUCAGAGCCUUUCUUUAACCAAAAAUGUGCCUUAUUGAAUAGGAUAAUACAUAUAUAUUGUUUCUAAAUUAUUCUAUCGGUAACCUAGGUGAUUAUGAUGACGAUAGUGCUAUAGACACAGCAAUGUAUUUGGACUUGUGAUAUUAUGUGUGCCGUCUCAAAUGCUAGAUGCCCUGCUGCAGCCAUGUGUGUGCCAAUAGGCUGAAGACAUUUCAGUAUGAUUUAUUUUAUGGUUGCAGUUUCGAUGUGUGCAUUUCCUUUGGGUGUCUGUGGCGUGUGCUUAGUAGGAUUUUGGUGGCUAAAGCAAAUCUCCAAAAUGAAUAAAUGUAAAAUAAUGUGGCUGAUGUGAUUUGGGUUUCCCUUGAAAAUGUCUGGCAUUUCUAAAUUAAUCUGAAAUCAAAAGGGUGUCCUUAUGUAGAUCGAAUAUAGCGCAAAAUUGUUCCAACGGUGUACAUUUUGUUGCCCUGUGUUUCUAAGCUGUUCCACAGUGUGUACGAUAAAUAACUAUCUAUACUCGACAAAUGACUUUUCUUACUGCUGUGCAGUUAUUUUUUUUUUAUUUCUUGUUUCCUAUACCAUAUAAAUCUUUGUAAAACAUGUUGAAAUACUGUAUUCUAACUGUAUAAUCCUAUGCAUUGAGUCCUGGGACAAAAAAAACAAAAGAGAAAAAAAGUUGUUCGUGCAGUUGUCGAGACUUUUUCCCAUUUUGAAUCUUGUGAAUGUGCUGUAAUGAUUAAAGAAACUGGGACACUCCAUUUUCAGUGCAGGACCAUUAAUGGAAGCCACAAUUUCCUUUCCAUCCAAGGCAGCUCAGAAGAUUCUCCAACUUGUACCUGAUCUUGUUGUACUGGAUGAUCUUAAUUUUACAAAGGUUGUGUGUGGACGGAGCAGUUACCCACAGAUUUCAUCAUACACUCCUCCGUGAAUAAACUCAGAGACAUAUACGCCCUUCA